AUGAAACGAAUUUCAGCGAUAUGGCUUACUGCACCUUUUCUCAUGACAAAUGCGGACCCGGGUAUGAUUCAAGGGCACCGUCGACUUCGUCGUCAUGCUCAUGCUCAUGCUCAUUCAGUCCAUAUACCAACUUAUUCCAUAGAUGAGGCCGAGGAGUUUGUGGUCCGUACGCUUCACAGUCAGGGAUUUUCCAUCGCACAUUCUCCAGAACCAACAACCCCCAGUGGCAGCAAUGAUACACCAUCCCAACAGCCAACCAGAGUCGUUGGUUCCAAUGAUCAUGACUCAAGCGGCAGCAAUGACAUGCCAUCCCAACAGCCAACAAGCGGUUUGGACGCAUAG